AUGGCGAGCGAAUACGUAACCCUCGUCUCUGCCGAGGGCUUCGAGUUCGUCGUUCUGCGUGCAGCUACCGAUGUGAGCCCCAUGAUCAAGCGGAUGCUGGACCCAAAGAGUCCGUUUGCUGAGGCCAGGUCUGGUCGGUGCACAUUUCCUGAGAUCAGUACUCCCAUUCUCGAAAAGGUCACCGAGUAUUUCCAGUACUGGUACAAGAACCGCGACAAGGAGGACGUGCCCGACCUUGAUAUUCCAACAGAGAUGUGUCUGGAGCUGUUGAUGGCAGCUGACUACCUCGGCAUGGACAGUGAGUGUUUCCUGGUAUAA